AUGGCUGCAGCGCAUGCUUCGCCCCCUCGAGCGUGGCACCCGCGCGCGCCCCCGCCUCCUGCUCAGCGCCGCUCCCCGCGGGUCUCCCGCUCGCGCCCUCCACGCGAGGCGAGGCGCCGGCCUCCCGCGUGGCCUCCGCGGGCCCUGCCUCCUGUGUGGCGCGGCCUCUGCGCGCCCUCCGCGGGCCCCUGCUCGCGUGGCUCGCGCCCUACCCUCGAGGAGAGGCGAGGCGAGGUGCCGGCCUCCGCGUGGCCCCCGCGGGUCCCCUCCUCCUGCGCGGCGCGGCCUCCUGCACGUGCGCUCGGCGCCGCCCCGCCGCUCAGCCGCUCCUCGCCUGCAAGUUAG